ACCGCUCGCCAUCAGUCUACUUUUAAUUCCGCGUUUGUGUUGAACGCAGGAUUGGUGUCGGCCAGUGUCCAGUGUCGGCACCGCGAACGACUCCAACGGCUCGAGUUCAGCUGAUUCGGAACAAGCGUAGUGAGAGUAUCACAUCGUAGUGCAAGAAUCAUACCGUUGGACCUCGUUCGUUAUAUUUUAGCGUUAAGAGAAAUCCGCCAGUUUGCCCGUCAAAUGCGUUGAUUACGGCGACGAAACUUCAAGCCGAGGGGCAAUUUACAGGAUUUUUUGGAUAGGCUCUUAUUUCACGAUUCGUACGUGAUUCCAAAACUACGCGAAUUGAAAUCCUGAGAACCCAAAGAUACGCGAGAAUCGUUGACAACACUGCGUUUUCUGCUGGGAAAUCGCAAGCAGCCCAUCCUCGAACCAUACGAUGGCCGAAUCCAGUGACUUGGAUCGGCAAAUCGAGCAGCUGAAGAAAUGUGAAAUUAUCAAGGAGGCUGAAGUCAAAGCCCUGUGCGCCAAAGCACGAGAGAUCCUCAUCGAGGAGAGUAAUGUACAGCGUGUCGACUCACCUGUAACAGUUUGUGGAGAUAUUCAUGGACAGUUUUAUGAUUUAAAAGAAUUAUUCAAAGUAGGUGGAGAUGUGCCAGAAACAAAUUACCUUUUUAUGGGAGAUUUUGUGGACCGAGGUUUUUAUAGUGUUGAAACAUUUCUUCUUCUUCUUGCAUUAAAGGUUCGCUAUCCUGAUAGAAUUACACUGAUAAGAGGAAAUCAUGAGUCACGACAGAUAACACAGGUCUAUGGUUUUUAUGAUGAGUGUUUACGCAAGUAUGGCAGUAUAACGGUGUGGCGGUAUUGUACAGAGAUAUUUGAUUAUCUAUCAUUAUCUGCUAUCAUCGAUGGCAAAAUUUUUUGCGUUCAUGGUGGAUUAUCACCUAGUAUUCAGACACUGGACCAAAUCCGAACUAUAGAUAGAAAACAAGAAGUGCCUCAUGAUGGGCCAAUGUGUGAUUUGUUAUGGUCGGAUCCUGAAGAUACUCAAGGCUGGGGUGUGUCACCACGUGGCGCUGGUUAUCUUUUUGGCAGUGACGUAGUAGCGCAGUUCAACUCAGCCAAUGACAUUGACAUGAUAUGUAGAGCACAUCAGUUAGUGAUGGAAGGUUACAAGUGGCAUUUCAAUGAGACUGUAUUAACUGUCUGGUCUGCACCGAAUUACUGUUACAGAUGUGGUAAUGUCGCUGCAAUAUUGGAACUAAACGAGCAUCUGCAGAGAGAUUUCACGAUAUUCGAAGCAGCACCCCAAGAAAGUCGCGGAAUACCCAGCAAAAAGCCACAAGCAGAUUACUUUUUAUAAAUGAGUUGUUGUUAUAGAGUACAAAAAAAGAGCCAAAUCGUGCAUCGAAUGACUUGAUAUUUGCUUCUUCUUUUCUCUCUUUUUCUCUCAGAACAAUAUGCAUCAAUCAUGAAGAAGAACACACUAGAUCGCUUGCUAUAAUUUUUUAAUAAGAUUUUCGUGAUUAUUUUGACUUAUAAUCGCAUAAGUAUUUGAAUAGUACUAUAACAUAUAUAUAUAUAUAAGGAACCAAUGUAAAAUAUAAUAAA